AUGGCUGCACCGUGAGCGCAGCGGAGGAGGAGGCGGCGGCGGCGGCGGCGAGAGAGCGAGCACCCAGCGCCCGCACCCACCCCGGGGCCGCCCGGGACGCCCCCUCCUGAGCGCGCGCUCCCCCUUUCUCUCUUGCAAGCGCCGGGGCAAAGGCGGAGACAGCGGGGUCCCUCCUCCCCCCUUUCCCUCAAGGGGGAACCCCCUUCCCCCCUCCUUGGCUCGGCGGCUGCACCCCCUCCCUUGUCCGCCCCUCCGCCCCGUCCCCUCCCUUCCCUGCCCGGGCCCUUCCCGGGCCUUCGGCGGCAGCAAAGAAAAAAAGAGAGAGAGGGAGCGAAGGGGGAAAAAAGCAGCAGCGGAGGGAGCGGCGGCGGAGGAGAGCGCGCGCGCGCCCCCUCCCUCCCUCCCUCCCUCCCCCUCCCCCCAAUUUCCACCGCGGCCAAUUCAUGGACAGGAACUACCCCAGCGCCGGCUUCGGGGACCCGCUCGGCGCCGGGGCGGGAUGGAGUUACGAGAGGUCAGCUAAAGCUAGCUUGGUCUAUGGCAGCUCCAGGACCUCGCACCCCGAGACGGACAUCUUACAUCGCCAGGCCUACGGGGCCCCCCACCCACUGCAAAGCUAUGCCACCAACCACCACCCUGCAGGCCUCUCUGGACUCUUUGACACUGGCCUCCACCACGCAGGCUCCGCAGGGCCCGACGCCUCCGUCAUGAACCUCAUCUCGGCCCUGGAGUCCCGGGGCCCCCAGCCAGGCCCCUCUGCCUCCUCUCUCCUCUCCCAGUUCCGCAGUCCUUCCUGGCAAACAGCCAUGCACACGCCAGGCCCCACGGAGCUCUUCAUCUCAGGCGCCCUGCCGGGUUCCAGCACCUUUCCAUCCUCCUCUGCCCUGUCGGCCUACCAGCACCCCGCUUCCUUCGGCAGCCGCCCCUUCCCGGUGCCCUCGUCCCUCAGCCUCCAGGACCCCCCGUUCAGUCCCCCCGCUAACGGGCUCCUGUCCCCUCACGACGUGCUGCACCUGAAGCCCUCGCAGGCACCCACGGUGCCCUCCUCGCUAGGCUUUGAGCGCCUGGCGGGGGGUGGUGUCUUGGGGCCCGCUGGUCUCGGCCCGGCCCAGACCCCUCCUUACCGCCCUGGCCCCCCAGACCCACCUCCCCCUCCCCGACACCUCCCAACUCAGUUCAACCUGCUGGCUUCCUCUUCCGCCGCCGCCGCCGCCGCCGAGCAGUCCUCCCCACAGCUCUACAACUUCUCGGGGGCGGCCCCAGGCCCGCCGCCCGAGCGGGCCCUGCCCCGCCAGGACACCGUCAUCAAGCACUACCAACGGCCAGCCAGUGCCCAGCCCCCCCCGCCCCCGCCAUCUGCCCACGCCCUCCAGCACUAUCUGAGCUGUGGAGGCAGCUACCCCUCCAUGGGCCAUCGGGCCAACCUGGCCUGCAGCCCCCUGGGCGGUGGGGAGCCUUCCCCAGGCGCUGGGGAGCCUAGCAAGGCUGGGCCCAGCGGAGCCGCGGCCGGGGGGUCCGGCCGGGCUGCGGGCCCCGAGGCGGCCGGAGGAGGUGGAGCCGGGGCUGGCGGCGGAGGGUACCGCCCCAUCAUUCAGUCCCCUGGUUAUAAGACGGGCAAAGGCGGCUAUGGAGCCGCUGCGGGUGGUGCCAAUAGGCCCCCACCACCUCGUUCAACUGCCACACCCAAAUGCCAGAGCCUGGGGGGUCCAGCAGCGGCCUAUGCCACUGGGAAGACCUCUGGGGCUGGCGGGGCGGGAGGCCAGGCCUAUUCUCCUGGUCAGCCCCAGGGGCUUCUAGGACCCCAGGCCUACGGGCAAGGGUUUGGAGGGGGUCAAGCACAGGACUUGAGCAAAGGCCCUAGCUACUCAGGGGGGCCUCCCCAGCCCCCUAGUGGCCCCCAGCCUCCUGGCCUAGCCACGUGUCAGAGCUACUCCCCUGACCAGCUGCAGGGGCAGCUGUAUGGGGUGCAGGGUGAGCCGUACCCAGGGCCAGCUGCCCACUCCCAGGGGCUGCCCACCGCCAGCCCCUCACUCAGCUAUAGUACUGGCCAUUCCCCGGCGCUCUCGGGCCACGGCGGCGGCUGGGGUCCCAGCUCCCUGGGUGGUGGUGGAGAGGCCAGCCCUUCUCACAUCAUCCGCCCGCUGCAGUCGCCACCUGCCUCUGGUCGCCCGCCUGGAGUCGGCUCUCCAGGAGCCCCUGGCAAAUACCUGAGCUCCGUCCUGGCCUCAGCCCCGUUCCUGGCACCCCCGGGAGCCGGCAGCUACGCGGCCGGAGCCGGCGGCUACAAAGGCAAGGGGGAUGGCUCGGAGCUGCUGGCAGGCCCCGGGGGGCCUCCUGCUGAGCGCACCGAGGACGAGGAGUUCCUCAUCCAGCACCUCUUACAGGCGCCCAGCCCCCCGAGGACCUCAGGAGCAGAUGGCUUGGUGGGCGAAGAUGGGGCGGCAGAUGCCUCCAAAGGACUUGGGGGGAGUGGCGGGGCUGGGGGUCCCCCGGGCACACCCUAUGAGCUGGCCAAGGAAGAUCCCCAGAGGUACCAUCUGCAGAGCGUCAUCCGUACCAGUGCCAGCCUCGAUGAGGGUGCCACGGCGGCCCUGGAGCUAGGCCUGGGGAGGCUGAAGGAGAAGAAGAAAGGGCCGGAGCGGGGUGGUGAGACCCCUGAGGGGCUAGCCACCUCAGUUGUCCACUACGGGGCCGGUGCCAAGGAGCUGGGGGCCUUUCUCCAGAAGAGCCCGCCACCCCCACCCCCCACGGCCCAGCCUGCCCAGCCCACCCCCCAUGGCCUCCUCCUGGAGGCCGGAGGCCCUGACCUCCCACUGGUGCUGCCUCCUCCUCCCCCACAGCUGCUUCCCUCGGUCCUCAGCCACACCCCCAGCCCGUCCUCCAGCACCCCCAAAGUCGGAGUCCAUCUCCUUGAACCAGCCACCCGUGACGGGGCACCCCAACCGCCCCCGCCUCCUCCCCCACCGCCACCCAUGCCUCUCCAGCUCGAGGCCCAUCUACGCAGCCAUGGGCUGGAGCCCGGUGCCCCCAGCCCCCGCCUGCGACCCGAGGAGAGCCUGGAGCCGCCGGGUGCCAUGCAGGAACUGCUCGGGGCCCUGGAACCACUGCCCCCUGGGCCCGGGGACACGGGCGUGGGCCCGCCCAACAGCGAGGGCAAGGAUCCCUCGGGUGCCUACCGCAGCCCCAGCCCGCAAGGCACCAAGGCUCCCCGCUUUGUGCCGCUCACCUCCAUCUGCUUCCCCGACUCCUUGCUCCAAGACGAGGAGCGCAGCUUCUUCCCCACCAUGGAGGAGAUGUUCGGCGGAGGGGCCGCCGACGACUAUGGCAAGGCCGGGCCGCCCGAGGACGAAGGUGACCCCAAGGCGGGCACUGGGCCCCCGCCGGGCCCCCCUGCCUAUGAUCCCUACGGGCCCUACUGCCCAAGUCGGGCGUCCGGAGCAGGGCCCGAGACGCCAGGCCUGGGCCUCGACCACAGCAAGCCGCCGGAGCUGCCCUCCACGGUCAACGCUGAGCCCCUGGGCUUGAUCCAGAGCGGGCCCCACCAGGCGGCCCCGCCGCCCCCGCCGCCUCCACCGCCCGCCUCCGAGCCCAAGGGAGGCCUGACCUCGCCCAUCUUCUGCUCCACCAAGCCAAAGAAGCUGCUCAAGACGUCCUCCUUCCACCUGCUCCGGCGCCGCGACCCUCCCUUCCAGACGCCCAAGAAACUGUAUGCCCAGGAGUACGAGUUCGAGGCCGAUGAGGACAAGGCUGACGUGCCUGCCGACAUCCGCCUCAACCCCCGGCGUCUGCCCGACCUGGUGUCCAGCUGCCGCUCCCGCCCGGCCCUCUCACCGCUGGGUGACAUCGACUUCUGUCCGCCCAACCCCGGCCCCGACGGCCCCCGGCGCCGGGGCCGCAGGCCCACCAAGGCCAAGCGCGACGGCCCGCCCCGACCCCGGGGCAGACCCCGCAUCCGCCCGCUGGAGGUCCCCACCACCACGGGGCCGUCCUUGUCCUCCACACCCACUGAUGGGGCCAAGAAACCCCGGGGUCGGGGCCGUGGCCGGGGCAGGAAGGCCGAGGAAGCGGGGGGCACCCGGCUGGAGCCCCUGAAGCCACUGAAGAUCAAGCUGUCUGUGCCCAAGGCUGGUGAGGGUCUGGGGGCCUCAUCUGGUGACGCCCUAUCAGGCGCCGACCACAACAGCUUGGACUCGAGCCUGACUCGGGAGAAGAUCGAGGCCAAGAUCAAGGAGGUGGAGGAGAAGCAGCCGGAGAUGAAGUCCGGCUUCAUGGCCUCCUUCCUGGACUUCCUCAAGUCGGGCAAGCGCCACCCCCCGCUCUACCAGGCCAGCAUGACGCCUCCGCUCAGCCCCCCCAAGAGCGUGCCGCCCUCCGUGCCCACGCGAGGCCUGCAGCCCCAGCCCCCCUCUGCCCCCGCCGUGCCACACCCUCCGCCCACGGCCGCCUUUGGGCUGGGCGGCGCGCUAGAGGCCGCGGAGAGUGAGGGGCUGGGGCUGGGCUGCCCUUCGCCCUGCAAGCGGCUGGACGAGGAGCUGAAACGGAACCUUGAGACGCUGCCCUCCUUCUCCUCGGACGAGGAAGACUCUGUGGCCAAGAACCGGGACCUGCAGGAGAGCAUCUCCUCGGCCAUCUCUGCCCUCGACGACCCGCCCCUUGUUGGGCCCAAGGACACCUCCACUCCGGACGGGCCCCCCUUGGCUACUGAGGCUCCCGUCCCAGGGCCACCCCCUCUCCCAGGGCUCCCCAGUGCCAGCAGCAAUGGCACGCCUGAGCCCCCGCUGCUGGAGGAGAAGCCCCCGCCCUCUCCGCCGCCUGCCCCAACGCCCCAGCCGCCACCCCCACCGCCAGCCCUGCCCUCGCCACCUCCCUUGGUGGCUCCCGCUCCGACUCCGGCUCUGGCUCCGACUCCGGCUCCGGCUCCAGCUCCAGCUCCAGCUCCCGCUCCUGCUCCCAUUCCCGCUCCGGCUCCGGCUCUGGCGCCUCUGGCUCCUGCUCCCGCCCCGGCCCCGGCGUCCAGCUCGCCACCUCCGCCACCUCCACCGGCCCUGCCUUCGCCACCUGCCCCGCCGCCCCCGCCAGCCGCUGCCCCGCCCGAGGAGCCGGCCGCCCCUUCCCCCGAGGACCACGAGCCGCCGGACGCCCGGCCCCUGCACUUGGCCAAGAAGCAGGAGACCGCGGCCCUGUGCGGGGAGACGGACGAGGAGGCCGGCGAGAGCGGCGGGGAGGGCAUCUUCCGCGAGCGGGACGAGUUCGUCAUCCGUGCGGAGGACAUACCUUCCCUCAAGCUGGCGCUGCAGACGGGCCGAGAGCCCCCACCCAUCUGGCGCGUCCAGAAGGCCCUGCUGCAGAAGUUCACCCCGGAGAUCAAGGACGGGCAGCGGCAGUUCUGCGCCACCAGUAACUAUUUGGGAUAUUUUGGGGACGCAAAAAACCGGUACCAGCGCCUUUAUGUGAAGUUUCUGGAAAACGUCAACAAGAAGGAUUACGUGAGGGUCUGUGCUCGGAAACCCUGGCACCGGCCCCCAGCGCCUGUCAGGCGCUCGGGGCAGGCCAAGGGCCCGGCCUCUGCCGGGGGCAGCUCCGCCCCCGCCCCCAAGGCCCCGGGGCCACCUCCUAAGCCUGAGACCCCUGACAAGAUGACAUCGGAGAAGCCCCCAGAGCAGCCACCCGAGACGGUGGUGCCCGAGCCCCCCGCCCCUGAGAAGGCGUCCCCACCUCGGCCCGUGGAGAAGGAGAAGGAAAAGAAGGAGAAGGAGAAGGAGAAGGAGAAGGAGAAGGAGAAAGAGAAGGAACGGGUGACGCGUGGGGAGCGGCUGCUGCGAGGGGACCGGGGCACGGGCGGGCGGCAGACCCGGCCGGAGCGGAGCCUCACCGGACAGCCCGCCACCUCCCGGCUGCCCAAGACCCGGCCCACCAAGGUGAAGGCCGAGCCGCCCCCCAAGAAGAGGAAGAAGUGGCUGAAGGAGGUGGCAGGCAACGCCUCGGCGGGCGGGGGCCCCGCAGGCAGCUCCUCGGACUCAGAGUCAUCCCCCGGAGCGCCCAGCGAGGACGAGCGGGCAGUACCGGGGCGUCUGCUGAAGACCCGGGCGAUGCGGGAGAUGUACCGGAGCUACGUGGAGAUGCUGGUGAGCACAGCGCUCGACCCGGACAUGAUCCAGGCCCUGGAGGACACGCAUGACGAGCUGUACCUCCCGCCCAUGCGGAAGAUCGACGGCCUCCUGAAUGAGCACAAGAAGAAAGUCCUGAAGCGGCUGUCGCUGAGCCCAGCCCUGCAGGACGCCCUGCACACGUUCCCGCAGCUGCAGGUGGAGCAGAGCGGGGAGGGCUCCCCUGAGGACGGGGCCGUGCGGCUGCGGCCGGCCGGGGAGCCCUACAACCGCAAGACGCUCAGCAAGCUCAAGAGGAGCGUGGUCCGGGCCCAGGAGUUCAAGGUUGAGCUGGACAAGUCGGGAUACUACACGCUCUACCACUCACUCCACCAUUACAAGUACCACACCUUCCUGCGCUGCCGGGACCAGACCCUGGCCAUCGAGGGCGGCGCCGAGGACCUGGGCCAGGAGGAGGUGGUCCAGCAGUGCAUGCGGAACCAGCCGUGGCUGGAGCAGCUCUUCGACUCCUUCAGUGACCUGCUGGCCCAAGCACAGGCCCACAGCCGCUGUGGGUGACCCCACCUCUCCUGGGGGGGGGGGGUAAACACCUCCUCCUUGAACCAAGAAUUGGGACAGAACUGUGUCUUCAGGCGCUAACCCCUAGGCCCUGUUGCCAGGGAACAGGGGAGGGUCACUGGUCAGGGUGUGUCCGUGCUGUCCCUACAGGGCAGGGUUCAGAGUUCGACUCGCCUCUCCCCAGCCCUCUCCACUCCCUCCCCACUCCUCCCACUGUCCGGUGUACAGAGAAAUUAUUUAUAUAUAUGUAUAAAUGUCUAUUUAGUAACGGUUUCCCUCUCCCCCUUGCCCCAUUCCCCCUUCCAUGGCCAUAGCCCUCACCCCCUCCACCUUGUACAUAAUGUAUAGGAAAAAUCUAUGUAUGGUUGAGGGGGGUGGGGCUGCUUUAGAGAGCUGGGGGACCCACCGACCCCCAAGCCCCCCCGUUACAGGCCAAGAUCUUUGCUAAAGGCCAUUCCCUCCCCAGGGCUUCCGGUGUCCAGUGGGAGGGGGAAAACGCAUCUUGUUAAUUAUUUUUAAUCUUAUUUAUUGUACAUACCUGGGGCGGGGGCUGGGGAGGUGGAGGGGGGAGAAGGGUCCCCUCCUUUUGCCCCUCCCACUCCUUUUCUACUGCGAUUUGUCUGUGUCUCCCCCCCAACACACACCACCCCCAUCCCAUUGUUGUCUGGAUGUGGUUCUAUUUUUUAUCGGUCUCCCCUCCCCUCUUCCCUCUCUCUAACCCCUCUGCUCCCACCUCCCCUCCGCCCGUUGUCUCUUGCUCUUUCUUGGGCUUCUGUACAACUCAACUUGUAUACACUGUGUACACACAACCAGCCAAACGAAAACCCAACGGCAAACACUCUA